AUACUAUAGUAAUAAUGUUUCUUACUGGAUGAAUAUAGCAUUUUUAAAUGCUAUUUUUCAAAUGUGUCGCCCUGUUUCUUGUGCUCGCAGUUUCGCAUCCCUCUCACGGGACGGUCCCGGGGCUGGUGCUGGUGCUUGGGCAGGGGGACGUCGGUCAGCUGGGUUUGGGGGAGGACGUGAUGGAGAGGAAGAGAGCUGUCCUGCUGGCCCUGCCUGAAGAGACCACUCAGGUGGAGGCAGGGGGAAUGCACACGGUCUGUCUCAGCCAGAGCGGCAGCGUCUACACUUUCGGCUGCAAUGACGAUGGAGCGCUGGGGCGCGACACAUCAGAGGAGGGCUUGGAGAUGGUACCAGGGAAAGUGGAACUGGAGAACAGAAUAGUGCAGGUUUCCGCUGGGGACAGCCACACUGCUGCACUGUCUGAAAACGGUGUGGUCUACAUCUGGGGAUCAUUCAGGGUAAGGGAUGGAACCUAUACUGCUGCCCGUUAUUCAGUGUUUCUCAUUAGCUAUGCAUGUUAUGGUGUUUUGAUCAUUUUAUUUUCUGUCUUUAGGAUAAUAACGGUGUGAUUGGGCUUCUGGAGGCUUGGGCGAAGUGCACAACCCCCAAGCAGCUGCAUACAGCUGAACCCAUCCUCUGCAUAAAAUCAGGUCUGGUGCCGGCAGCACUGCAUCUAUACAGUCAAGUGACAUUCGUGGGUUUGCUCUGCUAGGAGCAAUAGCCUCACUCUUGUAUUGAAGGUCCAUCCCCCGGUCAACACAUGAUUGCAAACUUCAU